AUGAUGCAUGUUGAGCUCUAUCCCUAAACAAGCAAUUUAAGUUUUAUGCUUCAAGUAUAAAGCAAAGAUGUCUAUCCGAAUUAUCAUAUCUGGAUCAAGUUCUGCACAUUUUCUUAGUAUGUUGACUGUUGCUCAAUCGAUUUCGCAUUAAAUCUGAAGAAGUUUAUUAAUUAAAUUCACAUAGUUUAAUCAUAAUGUAGUCUCAUGUUUAGAUUAACCCAGAAGUCGAACUUUACAGCCUUGAUUCAUUACCAUUAUAGUGGCAAGAUUAUCAAUAUCACAUGUAAUUUAGAGAAGGUAGUGCAUAUUAAAUGA